AGGCUUUCCCAACUUGUUAUUCGGCAGUUGAAGGCUUGAGGCAUGUAGCCGGCUAUCCUGUUAUUCCUUUGUUUUUGUGUUUUUGUGGGCACCCUUUUAUUCCUUUUACGUGCCCUUUAUGCGAAUGCCACCAAGUACCGCACUUCUAGUUCUCUCCAUUCCCCUCCACAGCCUCCAAAGCAGACCUCUUGGUCACCACUCGAGUCUUUACUCUUGACCCAAUACGAAUAGAAAGGCAAAAGAAGCAUUUCUGGUUUAGGCAAAUACCAGCGAUCAAAUUGCGGGGGUUUUCAGGGGACAAGUGAACCUGUGGUACUUGAGCCCUGAAAGAUGUUCUCAAAGCCAGAAUUCCAAGAGAGACCAAAGAAUGGCUCAUCAAGCUGAUUUGGUUAUCAUUGGCGUCUCAGUUGGUCUAGCCCUUGGAAUUUUGAUAGCUUCACUGGUAUUUUUUGGUAUUAGGUGGUACAAAAAGCAAGCUCAUCUUCAGCAACGUGCAAAUGAGCCUAUUGUAACAAGUGGAACCCUUCCUAUGCGCUCAAAUGGCUUUGGUACAAGUAAUGACUUUAGUGUGUCUCUCACAAAUUCGAUAGCCCCACAGGGAUCAGAAAGACUUCCAAAAAGUUCUCAUGUUUAUUGGUGGAAACAUAAGAAUAAAGAUCACUUUGUUUCUGCAUCAGGCAUACUUAGAUACUCUUACAGGGAUAUCCAGAAAGCCACACAGAAUUUUACAACCAUUUUGGGUCAAGGGUCAUUUGGUCCAGUCUAUAAAGCAACAUUGCCUACUGGAGAAGUGGUAGCUGUGAAGGUGCUGGCUUCUAAUUCCAAACAGGGAGAGAGAGAAUUUCAAACAGAGGUAUCUGUGCUUGGGAGACUGCAUCACAGGAAUCUUGUAAAUUUGGUUGGAUAUUGUGUAGAUAAAGGACAGCACAUGUUGAUUUAUGAGUUCAUGAGUAACGGGAGCUUGGAAAACCUUCUAUAUGGUCAAGAAGAACAGAUUUUGAGCUGGGAACAAAGGCUUCAAAUUGCUCUUGAUAUUUCCCAUGGGAUUGAGUACCUUCAUGAAGGGGCAGUCCCACCCAUCAUACAUCGCGAUUUGAAGUCUGCGAAUAUACUGUUAGACCGAUCAAUGAGAGCCAAGGUUGCUGAUUUUGGGUUGUCAAAGGAGGAGGAGGUUUUUGAUGGCCGGAAUUCUGGUCUGAAAGGCACAUAUGGGUACAUAGACCCAAUGUACAUGUCAACAAACAAGUUCACAAUGAAGAGUGACAUCUACAGUUUUGGCAUUAUCGUCUUUGAGCUCAUCACUGCCAUCCACCCUCAACAAAACUUGAUGGAAUAUAUAAAUCUUGCUGGAAUGAGUCCGACUGGCAUUGAUGAGAUACUUGAUAAGGAACUUGUUGGAGAAUGCAGCCUUGAGGAAGUGAGGGGGCUUGCCAGUAUUGCUCACAGAUGUCUGCACAAACUACCAAGAAAGCGACCUUCAAUAGGAGAAGUUUCUCAGGCUAUAUUGAAGUCAAAACAGAGGCAUCUUGCUAAAGUAGAUACCAUGUCUUUUGCAGGCAGAGACAUUUCACGAGCAGUGAGCCGAAUAGAGGAUCAACAGCUUGAGUUAAGUAAGAUGGCCAGCUUGAAGGAGAGAGUGGCUGAAUGACCACAAACGUCAUAUUUUUUCCUUUUUUUCUUUUUCCUUUUCUACUUUUUUCUUUUUCAUUUUUCAUUUUUAAAAGUAACUCCUUUCUCCUUUGGGUGUUCCUUGAGUAAUGCCAAUGAUAGCAAUGGCAAACGAAGUCGAUAGGGAAAUGAAUUGAUAGCAUCUUCUGCAAAUGAGUAUUUCCAUAGUCUCA